AUGUCCCCUGGCCCCGGCUCGGCACUGGCCACGCAAAAACCAUACCACCCCAAACGCCCACAUCGCAAGUCAAGGACGGGAUGCCGCAACUGCAAGACCCGCAGGGUCAAGUGCGAUGAGGGCCGUCCAGCCUGUCGCUCAUGUACUCUCCGCGAAGAGAGGUGUGUGUAUACCGUGCCACCACGUCCAGCUCAGGCUACAGCACAGUCGACAUCCACCACUUCUCCAUCUCCCGAGCCCCCUAGGGGUACCAACAGCCAGGACAAUACCUGGAGCAACAGCAGGAGCAAUAAUGGCCCUAGCAGCGGCGAUGAGGUGCCAUAUCCCGACCUGUUUGUUGCCCUUCGCAGCCAGAGCCCCUCGGUGACUCCCCAACCACAGUUCAUCCCGGCCGACCACAACAUGAUGGACAUGCGCCUGCUCUGGUUCUACACCACCGUCACUUUCGCCUCCUUUUCCACUGGCCGUCUCGAAGAACGCAACGCCGACCCGGUGCUCAAAGUGACCGUUGUACAGCACGCCUUCGCCAAUGACUUCUUGAUGAACUGCAUCCUCGGCCUGUCCGCCAUGCAUAUCAACCAUCUCGGCCUCAGAAACAUGGGCGUCUCUCCCGCCCUCGAGAUCCGCUACCGUGCUAAGGCCUUUGAGACCUACCGCAAGGCCCUCGCGAUCGAUAACUCGGCCGCCUACCCGGCCCUGGUGGCCACUUCCCUCCUGCUUUGUGGCCUGUCAACCCACGUUUUUCGUGGCAGUGAAGCUCAACCGUUGUCAAUCCUCAAUUGGAUGACCUUGUGGAAGGGCAUCGACACCAUAAUCGACGAAGCGAACCUCCCACUGCUCUACCAGUCUGGCAUUGCUCCCCUUAUUUUCCGCCCCAGCGUCGACGUGGACGCCUCGGCCCGCUGCUUGCCUAGUAACCUCCUCUUCAUGCUUUCGUCCGUCAAUGCUGACGACCCGGACUACCCCUACAUCGAGCACUACUACCGAGCACUCCAGUUUCUCGGCUCCAUUUACCUCGAGCUAAGCGCCGGCUUCAGUGUGCGCCUCUUCCUACGCAUCGCCACCUUCCUCAGCUUUCUCCCUCAAAACUUCGUCAACGCCGCUAGAGAAAAGCGCCCACGCGCCCUUGUGAUACUGGCACACUACCUCGUGUUCACUAAGUUCAAGGUCGGCCCCUGCUGGUGGAUGGACGGCAUCGCUGACUUUGAAAUUCCCAACAUUAUCAACUUUCUCGGACCGGAAUGGCAUGAGCUUCUCCGUAUUCCCGCAGCCUCCCUCCAGAUUGAAGAUAACAGGGCUCUCGUCAGGCUGUUGGUGGAUGACCUGUCUUGGGACCGCUCCACCGUGAUUGUCGACGACAAGCCGGGGAUGCCGGAGCACGAAAGCCAGCUUGCUAUCCGCGCUGUCAUGGCUCACGAUAUCAGCCCGGAAGUUACGAAGUAUCGAAGGGACAGGAUCCGGUUCGAUGUAUGA